AUGGUAUCAUAUCCACCAACAGACCCACCUUCAGAUUCUAAAAAUAUGGUAUCAACAAAUACUGAUUUGUCUCAUGUAGAAAAGACGGACCCCCACAAGUCCCUGAGUAGCUCCGAAAAUAAAUCAAAAAAGACUGGGAGGGGGAAUCCAAAAGCCAAGUCUGUUCAUAUCUCUGAAUUGCCUGAUGUUAUCCCCUUGGGAUCCAUUCAGAUUAAGCCAACGCUGAAAAACUCAGUCGAAGGCACUCAGGAUAAAGGAUUACGUGGGGAGGAAUUAAAAGCAUUUUAUGAGAAGGAUGUUAAGGAAGACGAAAAAAGUAAAGCAGAGACAGCUCGCUUAUUGGCUACUACCUAA